AGAAGAAUGACGCAAAGCGGGGAGCAUCGCAUUGGCGGAAUCGUCUUUUUCGCGGGCCGGCCACCGCAUUUCCCAGGGCGGCCACCGGGACCUCUCGAACGGGGCGGAGACCACCCCGAUUCUCGACGCGGUUGCGCGCGGGACUCGCAAGAGGAACCCGCUCGGAGCACCCAAGCCCCUUCUUCCUGUUCUCUGCCCGUACGGGAGGCAGGCCCCACCUGCGGUGACCACAACACCGUUCGCGACCGCGCAGUUUCGAACGCCAGGCAGUCGGCGCUGCUCUGCGAAGGGGACCCGAGCGAAAUCCAACGGCAACUUUUUCUGGCCCGAACUUGUCCGAGUUUACAGCAGCCAAGCGCCAUGACACCCGCCCCGCCGGACCCACCGCGGAGCAGACCGCACUCCGUGCCGCCGAGCGAGCUGAGCACGUGCCAGGCGUGCCUGACCAUCGUCGUGUUGGCGCUGCUCGUGGCUGCGCUGUGCCUGGCCACGCUGAGACUGCUGCGCUCCGUCGACAGGGAGGUUGCUCCGCCGCUGUCGUCGCGGGCCGACGCUCCGAGCGGGGGGAGCCUUCACUUCCCGCCGGACGGCAAGGGCGCGCCGUUGCACAGAGGUUGAGGACGCGCCCCCGAAGAGAACGCUAUGCCCACGGUGCCUGCAAGCCCACGCCUGGGAUAAAACUUUGGCCUUGGGUAGCAGGUUCAUUUUGAGACUGUACAGACAGAGCCGGCAGUAAAGACGAGGAGAGGAACACAGCACACUUUA